AUGGACGUGUUUGCAGCCAAAUACGCAGUCCCUCAGUGUCCAGUGGAUCCUCCUAUGCUCGUGGAGACCAUUGAUGGCCAGGUGCUUCUGUCUGGGCCUAUUAAAGCCGCCAUGCAACCCUUGCACCUGACCAUCAGUUCUCAUGAGGAGGCCAUCCAGUUCUAUAUUACCUCUGGCCUGCAUUUUCCUGUGGUCUUGGGCUUGGCUUGGCUCCGGACGCAUGAUCUGCAACUCUACUGGCCCCAGAACUUCAUCUCUUUCCUGAGCCUGCAAUGCGUGGACCACACCUGCCAAGUCUGCGCAGGCCGGUUGUUGAAUCCAUCUUGGAUGUCCUUGCCUUCUGAUAUAGCAGACUUCAUGAAUGUCUUCAGUGAGCAAGAGGCGGGCCAAUUGCCCCCACACCGGCCAUAUGACUGCCCCAUUGAUUUGAUUCCAGAUGCACCACUCCCAGUGGGCAUUUUCUUUCUUUGCAUCUGCCCUGUGCAUUCGGUGUGGGCUUGUGUCCGUUCCUGUCCUGCCAGUUGUAUCUGCACUGAAGAGAAGAGUUGUGCCAUUCUUUGUGACCGAGCUGGCCUUGCACAGAUCCCUAAUGAGUUUCCUUGUGAAGCAUAUUCUAUUAACUUGGAUAAAAAUAGCAUCAAAUUCCUUGCUGAGAGAGCAUUUGGUACUCUCCCGUCCCUAAAAUCUCUCUCUAUAAGCCAUAACAACAUAUCAUUUAUUACUCCUGGUGCUUUCAAAGGGCUUGCUAGCUUAACUGAGUUAAAAAUGGCCCACAAUGAAUACAUUCGUUAUCUGCAUACCAGGACUUUCAUUUCUCUCCAGAGGCUAAUCCGAUUGGAUUUAGCAGACUGCAAUCUUUUCAACAUUCCAGACAGGAUUUUUAUAGAGCUUCCAGCUCUCCAAGAACUCUUUUUUUUUCAGAAUAAUUUCCGAAGGAUCCCAGGAGCUAUAAGAGGGAUGGAGAAUUUGACUCAUGUUUAUUUGGAGAAAAACAAGAUAGAAGCUGUAGCAUAUAAUUCACUUCUGGGCCUGAUCCAGAUGAAAUAUCUCAAUCUGCAAGUCAACAGAAUAAAUGUCAUUCACAAUAGAGCUUUUCAGGAUUGCCAGAAAUUGGAGUACCUUUAUUUAAAUGACAAUUUAAUCAGUGACCUCCCUAAGAAUUCCUUUGAUGGUCUGCGGCAUCUAAAGAUGCUUAAUCUUGGUGGCAACUUUCUCAAGAUUGUCUCUAAUACUUGGUUCCAGGAUCAAUCUGAACUGGAAGUUUUGUAUUUGGACAGAAACUGGAUCAGUUAUAUUGAGGAAGGUGCUUUUGAAAACCUCACAAGCUUGGUAUAUUUGCACUUGAACAGUAACAAUCUAACUACGUUGCCUUUCUUAGUCUUUCAACCAGUCUACCUCCUAGGAAGACUCUACCUUUUCCGGAACCCCUGGGAGUGCGAUUGCAAGAUUCAGUGGCUAAAAGAGUGGAUGAAGAAUUAUGGACUUGUGAGAGAUAUUCCUUGUGCUUCCCCAUCUUCAGUAGUUGGCCUUGACCUAAUUGAUGUUAUUUUUGAGAAGACAGAUGAAGGUUUAUGUCUUAACCCAGAAGAAUUAAACACCUCUUCUUCUACGCCUCUUCCCAUGCAAGAAUUACAGUCGACUACAGAGAAUAAAUUCCACAGUCUUAUCUCAAAAUUUCUACUCCAGAAGGGACUUUCAGAGGAAGUGAUUAACACUACAGAAGGUUUCAGCAACACUACUCUGUUAGAUGAAUUGAUUAAUGAAGCAUCUUUAGGACUAAGAGAAUGGCAUAUAAAACAAAUAUAUUUUAAUAUUUGGGUAUUCUUUAUAGCUCAAGCAUUAUGGACCAUAUAA